AGCGCGGCGUGGCUAACAUGGCGGCGGAGGUUCUGGUGCUUCAGGUUUGAGGAUCGACCCGCUGAUCGGAACUAUGGAUCCGGAUCAAUAAGGUCCCGGAGCCUGAAGGUCAGUUCACGAGGAUCCGGUUCUCACGGACUGUCUGAGAGUCCGGGACACGGUCCGUGUCUCCGCUAGCUACCGGGGACAGACCAGGGGACAGACCGGGACAGACCGGGACAGACCGGGACCGACCGGGACAGACCGGGACCGACCGGGACCGACCGGGACCGGGGCUAGCUGGUCGGACCGGGUCCAGGUGUUCACGACGUUUGGUGUCCCGCCUCGCUGGUCCUCCUCACAGGGACAGACGGGAGGACAGACGGGAGGACAGACAGGAGGACAGACGGGAGGACAGACGGGAGGACAGACGGGAGGACAGACGGGAGGACAGACGGGAGGACAGACAGGAGGACAGACGGGAGGACAGACGGGAGGACAGACGGGAGGACAGACGGGAGGACAGACAGGAGGACAGACAGGAGGACAGACGGGAGGACAGACAGGAGGAUGGAGGAGUCCAGGAGUCCAGGUAAAGCAGUGAGACAGGCCAGAGGAUCCAGGUCUUCUCCUGCUGACAGGAUCAGUAAAGAGUCCCGCAGCAGAGACGGUCUCGCUGUGAAGGAUGAAGGACUCUAUCUGAGCCGCCAGGGGCCCCCCAAGACCCCCACGGACCCCCAGGACAAGAGGAGGGGCCGGCCCUGCAGGCUGACCCGGCUCACCGGCAGAGCCAGCUCCGGGGACCGAGGCAAGGCCAGGCCGCCCCCCCAGAGGCUGCAGGACCAGGACCCGGACUGCAGGGGCUCCGUCUCUGCAGACAGCAGCCCCCCCGCCGGGACCAGGACCCCCGAGAAGGGCCCCACGGACCAGACCAGGACCCCCGAGAAGGGCCCCAUGGACCAGACCAGGACCCCCACAGCUGCUCCGGGGAAGGACAAGACCCAAGGUCCCAGACCUUCAGGCUUCAUGCAUCAGGCUGCUGAGGAGGUGAGGCCCCUGGUGGAGGUGAGGCCCCUGGUGGAGGUGAGGCCCCUGGUGGAGGAGGGCCCCCUGACGGAGCAGCAGCUGGGGCUCCGUCAGGCCGAGGAGCGUCUCUACAGAGACUACAUCCACCGGCUGCUCAAGCAGUCCCCUGAGUACCCUAACUACCAGUACUUAUGCAAGCUGUGUUGUGUCCACAUCGAGAACAUCCAAGGAGCUCACAAACACAUCAAGGAGAAGAGACACAAGAAGAACAUCCUGGAGAAACAGGAGGAGAACGAGCUGCGAGCCCUGCCGCCGCCCUCCGCCGCCCAGCUGCUGGCGGUGGACGCCGCCGUCCAGGAGACGGCCGCGCAGCACGGCAUCUCUCAGGAGGACUACGAGGUCCGCCGGGCCGUGGUCCUCAGGAUGGAGGAGAUCAUCCAGAAGCAGCUCUCAGCUUGUGCUCUGCGUCUCUACGGUUCAUGUCUGACCAGAUUCGCCUUCAAGACGAGUGACAUCAACAUCGACGUCACUCACCCGUCCUCAAUGACACAACCUGAGGUCCUGAUUCAAGUGCUGGAAAUCCUCAAGAACAGCCCUGAGUUUUCUGAGGUUGAGUCAGAUUUUCAUGCCAAAGUUCCUGCUGUCUUCUGUCGGGACGUCAGCAAUGGUCUGGUGUGUAAGGUGAGUGCAGGUAAUGACGUGGCGUGUCUCACCACCAACCACCUGGCGUCUCUGUCCAGACUGGAGCCCAGACUGGUUCCACUGGUUCUGGCCUUCCGUUACUGGGCCAGGCUGUGCCACAUGGACUGCCAGGCUGAAGGAGGGAUCCCGUCGUACUCGUUGGCCCUCAUGGUGAUCUUCUUCCUGCAGCAGAGGAGAGCUCCCAUCCUGCCCGUCUACCUGGGCCGCUGGAUCGAAGGCUUCGAUGUGAAGCGAGUGGACGAGUACCACCUCACCGGGAUCACUCUGGACACCUUCGUCCGCUGGGAGCGCCGACCUCCGGCCGCCACCGACAACCGCAGCGAGGCGCGAGGAGAAGGCCGGGCCAAGCCGGACUCCAAGAAACCUGAAGACUCUCACUACUCUGAAGGCAUGACCCGUCUGACCCUGGACCAGAGGAAAGGCGUCCCUCUGGGCCAGCUCUGGCUGGAGCUGCUCCGCUUCUACACGCUGGAGUUCGCUCUGGAGGAAUACAUCAUCAGCAUCCGGCUGAAGGAGCUGCUGUCCCGGGAGGUGAAGAACUGGCCCCGUCGCCGCCUCGCUAUCGAAGAUCCCUUCGCCCUGAAGAGGAACGUUGCUCGGAGCCUCAACAGCCAGAUGGUGUUUGAAUACAUCCAGGAGAGAUUCCGCACCGCCUACAAGUACUUCGCCUGCCCCCAGAGGAGGAGGCGCAGCGGGGGGCGCCAGGGAGGCAGGACGGCAGGCUGGAAGAAGGAGGAGGCUGAGAAGAAGGAGGAGGAGGAGGAGGAGGAGGCUCAGAAGGAGCAGCAGGAGGCCGACAGCGACCAUGAAGAUGGAUCAGAUCCGUCCAGACAGAAGACUCUAGACUCCAGCCUCAGGGACAUGGUCCUCACCUCCCCCAACGGCCUGCUGGACAGUGACGGGGAGGAGCAGCAGGAGGAGCAGCAGGAGGAGCAGCAGGAGGAGCAGGGAGGAGCUAUUCCAUCAGAGGAGCUGCACUACGUGUUCGAUAAGAUGAUCUUCACCGGCGGGAAGCCUCCGACGGUGGUCUGCAGCAUCUGUAAGAGAGACGGACACCUGAAGGACGAAUGUCCAGAAGACUUCAAGAAGAUCGAGCUGAAACCUCUUCCUCCCAUGAACGAACGCUUCAGAGACAUCCUGGACGCUCUCUGUAGACUCUGCUACUACGAGCUGUCGCCCACACACACGGAGCAGCAGAAGAGGGAGCAGAUCCUGGGCAGCCUGGAGAGGUUCAUCAGGAAGGAGUACAACGAUAAAGCUCAGCUCUGCCUCUUCGGAUCCUCUAAAAACGGCUUCGGCUUCCGUGACAGUGACCUCGACAUCUGCAUGACCCUGGAGGGCCACGAGACGGCAGAGAGGCUGAACUGUAAAGAGAUCAUCGAAGGUCUGGCCAAGGUCCUGAAGAAACACACAGGUCUGAGGAACAUCUUGCCUAUAACAACAGCUAAAGUGCCUAUUGUGAAGUUUGAGCACCGUCAGAGCGGUCUGGAGGGAGACAUCAGCCUCUACAACACGCUGGCUCAACACAACACCAGGAUGCUGGCCACCUACGCAGCUCUGGACCCUCGGGUUCAGUUCCUGGGAUACACCAUGAAGGUCUUCGCUAAGCGCUGUGACAUCGGGGACGCGUCCCGAGGAAGCCUGUCCUCCUACGCCUACAUCCUCAUGGUGCUGUACUUCCUGCAGCAGAGGACGCCGCCGGUCAUCCCCGUCCUGCAGGAGAUCUUCGAUGGGGACGCCGUCCCUCAGCGCAUGGUGGACGGCUGGAACGCUUUCUUCUGUGAUGACCUGGACGACCUGCGCCGGCUGCUGUCUGACCUGCAGCCCAACACUGAGUCGGUAGGAGAGCUGUGGCUCGGUCUGCUGCGCUUUUACACCGAAGAGUUCGACUUCAAGGAGCACGUGAUCAGCAUCCGCCAGAGGAAACGCCUCACCACCUUCGAGAAGCAGUGGACCAGCAAAUGUAUCGCCAUCGAAGAUCCUUUUGAUUUGAAUCAUAACCUCGGCGCUGGAGUUUCUAGGAAGAUGACAAACUUCAUCAUGAAGGCGUUUAUAAACGGGAGGAAGCUGUUUGGGACUCCGUUCUACCCCGUCCCCGGCACUGAAGUGGACUACUUCUUCGACUCCAAGGUUCUGACGGACGGCGAGCUGGCGCCCAAUGACCGCUGCUGCAGGAUCUGUGGAAAGAUCGGACACUACAUGAAGGACUGUCCCAAGAGACGCAGGAUGAAGAAGAAGGAGAACGAUAAAGACGAGGAGCUGAAGGAGGAGGACCGUGAGCCGAAGGACCGUCGUUGUUUCCAGUGUGGAGACAUGGGACACGUCCGCCGGGACUGUCCCGAGUACCGCCACCUGAAGCAGAGGACCGCCGGAGCCCCGGUGUCUCACAUGGGGCGGAGCUCCCAGUCCAUCCCCGUCCCCCAGACCCCAUCAGACGGGCCGGGACGCAGCAGGCAGCCCUCCGAAUGCUCAGACUCCCGGCAGACUCCUCCCUACUCCCCUCAGCCCCCGGCGCUCCCUCAGACCUCCUCCCAGACCUCCUCCCAGACCUCCCAGUCCUCGGGCUCCCCUCAGCCCAGCCUCAUGAAGACCAGCCCCUCCGGCCCCCCCAAGCCGCCGCUCCAGGUCCCCAUGUCCCUGUUCAGCUUCCCCCCCUCCCACCCGGGCCAGUACCACCACCCGGGCACGCUGAGCGCCCUGGGGCUCCUCCCCUCCCACCAGACCCCCCAGGGCCAGCCGCCCCACCAUCCGGUCCACCUCCCCUCCACCUCCUGGCCCAUCCACGGCCCCGUCCUGGCCACGCCCUCCCCCGCCGGCGCCCCCUCCCCGCCCGGCCUCAAGUUCGCCCUGCGCUCGGCGUCGGGGAAUGGCAGUCCAACGGGCACCACGGGGGGCAGCCCGGGGGGCCCCGGGGGCCCCAUGAACCUCAACGACCCCUCCAUCAUCUUCGCCCAGCCGGCCGGGAGGCAGCUGGGGCUGGGGCCGGGCCGCGAGGGCCACUGGCACAACCACCUGGCACAACCAGGGGGCAUCAUGGGAAACGGCACGGUGGUCAAGUCAGAGUGUGGACACCCGGGCCAGUUUGUGGGAGUGGGUCCGGCCUCCAGGCUGUGGGAGCACAGUAAGACCCCUCAGUACUCCUUGUCCCCCUCGUGGCCCUACAGGAUGCCCCAGAACUUCCUCCAGCAGGGCAACGGAUGCUUCCAGCCAGGGAAACCCUUCGUGGCCCCAGGCUCUGUGGUGCACCAGAACCCAAACUUCCCUCUGGUUCCUCACGUCCGGCACCAGGUCAACCUGAACUUCACCCAGCAGAAGAAGUGACCUGGUUCCUCUGAUUAGUUUUAUGGUCAGUAACAGAAAGAAGGAAGCAGAAGUUAUGUACUCUCUUUGCAUCAUUUGGGGAUUUUUAAAAAAAAAGAAGAAGACUUUUUUCUCAUUUUUGUACAGUUUGUAAUGUUUUAUUUUCUGUCUCAUUACAUUGAUUUGUGAUACAAAUGUCAAAUAUUUUAAUACCCCCAUUUUUGAGGGGGUCCAAAAAAGUGUUUUUAUUUUAAUGUGUAAAGUAAAAAGGAGGACAAAUAUAAUAAACCUUUAUUUUUAUUAGCCGUAUUCAUACUUUGCUUGAAGGCUUUGAAUAGACGUUUGUUUUAAAACUAUCUAACAUGUCACCAUGGUUACGUAAACAACCUAACAUGUCACCAUGGUUACGUAGUGCCAACAGCAGGGAUAGAAGAAAAAGGGAAAAAAAUACUAAAGAGGUAAAAAAAAACGACAAAAAAAAACAACAAAAAAAUAAAGAAAAAAGCAACAAACAACCUGAAUGAGUGUUUGGUGAUUGAUUCUACACACACACACACACACACACACACACACACACAUAUACACACAUACAAACACACACAGUC